UUUGCAAUCAAUUCCUAUUUAGGUAUUUGAUUUUUCUCAAAGUAUAAACCCCGCCAUCCCUAGUAGUUUACCUUGGAAGCUCAACUCGGCUUAACCAACUCUAUCCGUCUUCCUGCAACUUCACCUCAACUCAGACUCAAGACCAAAAUCGCAACAAUGUCUGCGACGGAGUCUCUGCAGGCCGAGGACGCCUACUUCGCCACAAAUCCUCCUCCCAAGCAGCUUGCCGCUCAUGCUGCGCUGGCCGAGGCCUUCAUAACGCAGCAUGCCGCGGCCAACCGGCGCGUUGUGCUCGUCACCUCGGGAGGAACGACGGUUCCGCUGGAGAAGAAUACUGUGAGAUUUAUUGACAACUUCUCUGCUGGUACCCGUGGUGCUACCAGCGCCGAGUACUUCCUCUCUGCUGGAUAUGCAGUCAUCUUCCUCCAUCGCCAGUUCAGCCUGCUCCCCUACUCUCGCCAUUACUCCCACUCCACCGACUGCCUACUCGAUCUCCUCCAUGAGGAUGCCGACGGCCGCGUCGCCGUGCGGCCCGACGACUCGGACAGGAUUCUCGACGUCCUGCGCAAGUACCAGAGCGCCCGCCGCAACAACAUGCUCCUGCUGCUGCCCUUUGUCACCAUCGGCGAUUACCUGCACGAGCUCCGCGCCGUGGCCCGGCUUAUGGCGCCGUUGGGCUCAUCCGGCCUGCUCUAUCUUGCUGCGGCCGUGUCAGACUUCUUCGUCCCACCCGAGCGGCUCUCGGAGCAUAAGAUCCAGUCGACCAAUAUUGUUGAGAAGCUGUACCCCAAGAACUCGUCGUCGCCGUCACCAUCACCACAAAUAGAGGACGAGGAGACAUUUGACAACUUUGAUGCCUCCCCUCGUGUGCCGCGUUCCAAGCGCCUUAUUAUUGAUCUCGAUCCUGUCCCCAAGUUCCUCAAGAGUCUUGUCGAGGGCUGGGCUCCCUUGGGCAUGAUUGUCAGCUUCAAGCUCGAGACAGAUCCCCGUAUCCUCGUGCACAAAGCGCGGUACAGCCUUGAGCGCUACCAGCACCACCUCGUCGUCGGGAACCUCCUCUCGACGCGCAAGUGGGAGGUCGUCUUUGUUGCCCCAGGCCGCGAAGACCGCUGGCUCCGCGUGGCUCGGCACGGCGGCUGGGGCGAUGCCGAGGGGAGGCCGCUACGACCGGACGAGGCGCCAGAGGGAGAUCCAGAAGAGGAGAUUGAAGCUUUGAUUAUACCAGCUGUAGCAGAACUUCACGAUGCUCACAUUGCAAAGUCAAACAACGCUGAGAAGCAGUAGACGAGACAAGAGCGGCUUUUUUUUUUCUUUUCUUUUUCUUGUAUAAGUGGCGAAUUGGACCGCCGAAUUGGAUUUAGAAAAGCAGAAAAAGAACUGACAAAGAACAGCAGAAAGCAAAAUCGGAAGUCCGAAUAUAGGAGAUCCGAUAUAAAGGCACAUAGGCACCAUGAUACCACCCAGCACCGCGGACGAGAAAGUAAAACAAACUUCAUUAAGUAUUUUCAACUAUUUAUUCGCUUUCAUCAAAUUUUCGUCAUUUCUAUAUGCGACCUAGAUAACCCUGCAUAACUCUCUGCUACAAAAAAAACAAAACAAAAAAAAUGCGAUGCGAGUG